AUGAGCACAUUUUCUGCUUACAAGGCUGUUAAUGAAUACAUUCUCUGCCAAGCUGGCAUUGGAAUUUCAUCCAACAAUUUCCUCCUCUUCCACAUCUUCACAUACCUGCAGUAUCACAAGCCAAAGGUCACUAACCUGGUUACCUGCCACCUGGCCCGCAUCCACAUAAUGAUGCUUCUCACUGUGCUGUUUUUGACAUCUCCAGACUUGUUUGAAUCACUGAAUUUUUUGAAUGACUUCAAGCAUAAGGCUUUGUUCUACAUAAUCAGGGUGAUGAGGGGCCUCUCCAUCUGCACCACCUGCAUACUGAGUGUCAUCCAGGCCAUCACCAUCAGCCCCAGCACCUCCUGGUUGGCCAACUUUAAAUAUAAAUCCACAAAGUUAAUCUUCUAUUUAUUCUUAUUGUUAUGGUUUCUAUGUUUGUCUUCCUGUACUACCAUGAUCUUCCACAUUGUAGCAAAUUCCAAUGUGACCCAGACCGAUCUGAUGAUUCUCACUGAACAAUGCUCAUUUUUCCCUGUGAGCCAUGGCAUCAGGGGUUUUAUGUUCACACUGACCACAUCCAGGGAUGUCUUCCUUAUCAGUGUCAUGCUGCUCUCAAGUGUGUACAUGGUGAUACUCUUGUCCAAGCAUCAGAGGAGGUCCCAGCACCUUCGUACCACCAACCUCUCCCCAAGAUCUUCCCCCGAGAAGAGGGCCACCCAGACCAUCCUGCUGCUGGUGAGUUUCUUUGUGGUCAUGUACUGGGUGGACUUCAUCAUCUCAUCCUCCUCAAUGAUACUGUGGACAUAUGACUCAGUUAUCUUGGGUGUCCAGGGUGUUGUGGUCAAUGCCUAUGCCACUGUCAGUCCAUUGGUGCUUAUCAGUUCUAAUAAAAGGAAUAUUAACAUAUUGCAAAAUUUAUCAUGGAAAACCUUUCAAUUUUAA